AUGGCGUCCGUAUCAUCCCGAGUUUUUGCCAUCACCGGCGGUGCAUCCGGCAUUGGGGCUGCAACAAGCUGCUUGCUUGCCGAACGCGGAGCAGCGACUCUAUGUAUUGGAGACAUCUCAUAUCAACAUUUUGACCACGUUGAAAAGUCUAUCCAGAAGAUCAACCCAUCAACAAAAGUUCAUUUUACAUCUCUCGAUGUGACCUCCUCGGACGAGGUGGACAAGUGGAUCCAAAAUAUCAUCUCGACUUUUGGGGCCUUGCACGGAGCUGCCAACAUUGCAGGCAUAGCCCAGGGAGCAGGUCUACGAAAGCAACCCACAAUUCUGGAGGAAACAAAUGAGGAAUGGAGCAGAACUUUCAAGGUCAACCUGGAUGGAGUCUUCUACUGCACUCGGGCUGAGGUCCGGGCAAUGAAGGACUUGCCUCUGGAAGAUCGGAGUAUCGUCAAUGUCGCGAGCAUCGCCUCCAUUUCUCAUAUGCCCGAUGUUUAUGCAUAUGGGACUUCAAAGGGUGCCUGCGCGUAUUUUACGACUUGUGUGGCGAUUGAUGCGCUUCCUUGUGGGAUUCGGGUUAAUAGUGUUUCUCCCGGAAUCACGGAUACUCCCCUCUUACCCAAAUUCAUGCCAGAGGCGAAGACGGUUCACGAGGUCAAAGAAGCAUACAGCAAAGAAGGAUUCACAAUUAUCAAGCCCGAGGAUGUAGCAAGGACGAUUGUUUGGUUGUUAAGCGAAGACUCGCGGCCGGUAUAUGGUGCAAACAUCAAUGUGGGGGCCGCUUUACCUUAG